UCUUACAAUUUCACACUCUCUCCCUCUCCCCCCUUCCACCUUUCUUCACUCUUUCCUCACCAAGACCCAAAACGACAUGGCGGAAUCUCCAUCUCAGACGGCCUCACCUACCGCAUCUUCCGAUACUGAAACAACGCACUAUUGGUGCUAUCACUGCGAGAAACGUGUCUCUAUAGAAACCCUAGCCAAUCUUCCUGAUAUAAUUUGCCAAGAAUGCAGAAACGGCUUCGUGGAAUCGAUUCCCGCUCCAACCUUCUCCUCGCCGCCUACACUCACCCCUGAUCACGUCGAUGAUCCUUCUUUUGGAUCUCAGUUCCUGCAGGUCCUCCGUUUAAUCGCUCAGGCCGCGCGUGAUGACGACGUUCCUCAGCAACAAAGUCAAGAUCCCCACUCCGAAGACGAUUUCCUUCGAAUUGAGCUCGAUGAAUGGGAAAACAAUGAUGAAGAUGAUGAUGCGAAUGAAAACGAAGACAAUCAAAACGACGACGAAGAGGAAGACAAUGAAGACGACGAAGAAAAUGGAACAGGAAAUGAUCAGUCUGAUAACGAGAACCAAGGGAACAGGGAAAUUGAUGACGAAGAAGAUCCGAGUCUAACGCGACGCGAAGAAAUCCGUCUCCGGAUCCGAGACUUAGCGACCCGAGCAAGAACAGGACCCAACCGGAUCCUGGACUGGGCUGACAUUCUGAUGGGUCUAGAAGACAAUUCAAUUGAAUUUCGUCUAGAAGUCCCGGAAUCUGACCGUUACAUAGGCAAUCCAGAGGAUUACGUGGACGCCGCUGGCUAUGAAGCUUUGCUGCAAAACUUGGCUGAAAAUGACGGUGGAAGGAGGGGUGCCCCACCUGCAGCGAAAUCAGCUGUGUUGGAGUUACCGACCGUGGAGAUUUUGUCUGAGCAGGAAGCAAUUGUGUGCGCAAUAUGUAAGGACAUGGUGAAUGUUGGUGAAACGGCUACGAAGUUACCAUGUGCCCAUCUGUAUCACGGCAAUUGUAUUUUGCCUUGGUUAGGUUCCAGGAAUUCAUGUCCAGUUUGCAGAUUUGAGUUGCCAACUGAUGACCCGGAGUAUGAGGAAGAGAGGAAUAAGAGAAUUGACGGUGGUGGAGCUUCAGUUUCGUCUGAAGAGACUACGAGUUCGGGUUGAUAUGUAAUGUUAUUUAUCUGUGAUUUUCUUUUUGGCUUCUGGUUCAUGGACUUUUGUCUUUUUAUUUGCUUGUGAACUAAACCCAAGUUACCUUUUUUUUUUUUUUUAAAAUUUUCUGUCCAUGUAUAUAUAAAUUGGCUCAAUAUUGGAUGUUUAAUGCUCAUGUGCAACCCAAUUCUAUACUGAAAUAACAGCAUAGGAGGCAUUGCAUUGCAUUUCA